CUUCAGUUGACUGCGGAUGCCGAGCAAGAUCAUACAGAACCCAAUAUUUAUCCCCGGACGUUAGCUUUGAGUCAACUCGGUUGCAGAAGACGGAGAAAGCUCACAGUUCUAAACUUCAAUAGGAAGGAAAAGAAGAAGGUGAAAGUAAAUGCAAUGGCGACUGUGUCGUCAACUGACAGUGGAUGUUUUAGUAGCGAAUUAGGUGGCGAAGAUGAAGAGACUGAAACUCUAAUUUCUAAUUCAAGAAGCUUCUCUGACGGUUCAUCUUUUGAGUUGGAUCAAUCGUUGGCCGAGGAAGACUCUCCCGUGGAAAUCAAGAGGAACAAGAAAAAAGUUAACGGUAAGAAGAUGAAGAGACUAAGAAGCUUUGGGUCAAAGAAAUACAAAGGAUCGUUAGCAGAGAAAAACUCCAUGGAGAGGUUCUAUUCUGAAAAGGACGAUGAUGAUACCGCCGUGCAAGGCGGAGCGGAGGAGAAGAAAUCGGAAGAUCCUUAUAAAGACUUCAAGAGAUCGAUGCUGGAAAUGAUAAUGGAGAAACAGAUGUUUGAAGCAAGAGAUUUUGUAAUCUGGAGGGGUUCUAUAAAACUAUCUCUGAAAUGCAUGUAA